GAUAUGUCUGUGUGAUGAAAGGGCCACACCAUCCGCGACUGUUGUUAACGAACUCAACUACUUCACCAGCUACAAUUCUCAUGGUUUGGCUACGUCCUAUUCCUGCGCUAUUGCUAGCUUUUACCACCACAGCUGACAAGACAAAAAUUAACCUUAAAACAAUACGGAAAUAUAUUGCCAGCUAUCUAUUUUUUUUUUGCAUUAUCGCCGCCUUUGAGAUAAGUGAUAUUCCGCGGUUGAUAUCCCGGAUUCAUCACACAGAUUAACCAGAUACUCGAGUGAUUAACCAGAUACUCGAGUGAUGCUCUGUUAAAAAGACUUGUCUUCAAAAUGGAAAUCAGUCGGUAGGAGGCAAGAUGAGGUGGGACCAUUCUAGCCAAUGAGAGGACAGAUCUCCGAUAUAAAGUUAUUUUCUUCUCUCAAAUGUUUCCGCGAUGUCACGUGUCCUACUUAUACCGGUACACUCUUUUAACAACUUAAGCAAUACGAAACUUCUAUUCGAUCAAAUAAGCCACACGUAGCAAAUAAACCAUUACUUUUUUUUGUUAACCAAAUUCCACACUCAUUGUAGGCCGUCAUUGUAAAUAAGAAUUUGUUCUUAAACUGACUUGCCUAGUUAAAUAAAGGUUUAAAAUAAACUUUCAAAAACGCCACCUGCUGGAUAAGACAGAUUUUGGGCCCAUUUCUCCAUCUCGCUUCGCCUCAGCCUCUGAUUAUCAUCAUCCUCCCAGGCCAGCUGUGCUGUUUUUCCAACUGCUGUUUUAGCUUGUCAAUGUACAGUCGAUUGAUCGCAGUUUAUGCGAUAACAGAGGCAACCGAAGGUUUGGUUUCCAGAGCCCUUAUUUUUCUUGCUUGGUAAUGGAAAUGGACCGUGUUUAACAGUUCUGCUAGUUCGAGCUAGCUAGUGAGCUAACUAAACGGAAUUGUGUGUGUGUGUGCCUGUGGUCUUUACAGCCAGAAAGCGAAAUAUAACGUUUCCCCCCCUUGAUAUUUAAUACCUUUUUUUCGACCUCUAAAGUCUAGAUAAUCGUGGCUUUGGAACGGACAGAAUUAUUGGACAUAAUGUAUUAUUUUGGCUGAGGCCAGAGCAUGACAGACUUUAUAUCCAUCAAUCAUCUGACCUGGUGCUUCUUCCAGUCCAAUACGCCGCGGUGUGAGUAGCCCAUCCGGGAAGCGCACAUUAAGCAGAGCACCAUUCUAUGCGCCUCUUGGGUGUCGGGGCGAGAGGUGCUAAGUAGUCCCAGAGCGAUUACGUCGGAGGGAGAGGACGACGUUGCCUUGCCAUCUCAGGAUUAAACCAUGGCUAAUGAACCUGUCAUCCUUAAUGUGUAUGAUAUGUACUGGAUCAACGAAUACACUUCCACUCUGGGUGUUGGAGUCUACCACUCAGGCAUUGAGAUCUAUGGCCGAGAGUUUGCGUAUGGAGGUCAUCCGUACCCAUUUAGUGGUAUAUUUGAAAUAAACCCUGGAAACACCCCUGAAUUAGGAGAGACCUUCAAAUUCAAGGAGGCUAUCGCUUUGGGCACAACAGACUUUGCAGAGGAAGAUAUGGAUAAAAUAAUGGAGGACCUGGGGACAGAUUUUAAGGGCAACUCCUACCAUCUAAUGCACAAGAACUGCAACCACUUCUCAUCCUCGCUGUCUGAGCUGUUGUGUGGGCGUGAGAUCCCUCGCUGGGUGAACCGCCUGGCCUAUUUCAGUUCCUGCGUGCCCUUUCUCCAGACCUGCCUCCCUAAGGAGUGGCUGACCCCCGCUGCCCUCCAGAGCCACAUCAGCAUGGGUCUCCACAAGGAGGAGCGGGAGGCCGGGGAGUCCAGCGACGACGACCCCAACUCAGCCUCCGGGACCGCCGGGGCGGGCAGCGGAUCCUCACACAGCUGUCGCCAUACACGAGUCUGAACCAAUAACUGUAGGGUCUGAAGAGAAUAGCCAAUAGGACUCUCUUUCAAUGACCUUUGACCUCUGAACUCUGGACCAGAAGGUCACCAGCUCACCCCUGCAGGGGAUGUAGUGAUAUAAUAUCUGUGGGCCUGACUGAAUAACCACCUGACCUCAUAGUACCACCCCUGAGAACAGAGACGGGGGACGGAUGAUUAGUUAGCCUGCUAGUACUAACUCAUGAAGCCGCCGGGGCCAGGGGACCUGCAAAAUCCCCUUGGAUCCUUUCUCUGGUUUUCUCCCUUGUUAGAGUACGGUAGAAAUAUUCUGAAGGAUUUGUUAUAGGUGUUGACAAACUAACUCAGAGCAUGGCAUGGCUCUCUCAGAUUGACCAGAGGGCUGGGGUACUUUCUAGUAUUUGUCUUUUUCCAGGAAUUUGUAAACCUUUGUCAGCCUUCAUCCCUGAUGCUCUCCUUCCAGAGCAGCUUCUUCUGUAGACUAGAUAUCUGACACCACAGAGAUGCACCCUAUGCCAAUUUUGGGAUGCCGACUAAGUAUCUCUCAGUCUAAGACUACUGGUAUUGUGGCAUUUAGCAGGAUGUUACUCUCUGCUAGUUUCAAGAGGUUCAAUAACUCCCUUUACUUGGCCUUCAGUUGUAAUCAUCAGCGAUGUUUGUUUUGUUGAUGUGUUAGGGGUAAGUUAAUAUGCUGGCUGUUUUUUAGAAGUUGAAGGAGCAGAACCCAAUACGGCGAUAUAUAUAUUCUCUGUUUAGGAGUAACUACCUGUGGGUUGUUUUGAAAUAGGACCUUAAAACGACAUUCUUAAGUGAAAACAAUGGAUUCGACAAGAAGUGAAGACAUCUAAAUUUAAUCUCUGAUCAUAUUAAUUUUAUCAUAUGAAUAUUUAUAUUAGGGUGUUAUUUGUCCAUAGCAUGGUCUCGUGCAUUGUUUAACAAGAUGGUGUCUGCAACCCCAUGUAAUUUGCCAAUUUACCACUAUCAUGAAUAACACUGUCAGAGGACUCUGAAAGUUGCAUUUACACUCGUUCUUCCAUGGAAAUCUUUCAUGAUGAAACUCAUAGUAACUGUUGAAUCGCAGGCCUUGGUUGACACUCCCAGCGGCCUUCCCUACUGCCUUCCCGGCUGAUUCCACAGAGUGAUUGAGUUGGUGUGUCGGGGCUGGCUUACAGUGGGAGCAUUGUGUGAAGGAAAAGUUUUUUUUUCUUUUUUCUAAAUGUCUUUUGAAUUGAUGUGGAAAUGUCUCUGAAUGAGUCUGAUUUACACAUGUGCUUCCUGAAACAAGGGGGAAGUGGUCCUACCAGUCAAAUCCUGGACUAGUGUACUACACUGACUACUAUUCCAUUUAAAAAAAACAUAAAUAAUACUGUUUCCAGACGAGACAGACAUGAGGAUACAUGUUAUUCACCCUUUUCUGUUCAUGCGUUUAUAAUGCUGCUCUUGUAAAUUCAAUAGUAUUGCCUUGUAAAACCCACUCCAUUGUAUUCCAUACAUAUUUCUGGAGAAUAAUAUUGUCCUUUCUCUUCUCCUUGAUUUACUGUCUGUCUGUCUGCCUCCACCCUUCUGUACCCCAUCCCCCUCUCAGGAAGGAAAUCACAUGACCUGUGGUUGUUACACAGGUGUCUCAUUACCAUACAUCAUCUCCAUGACAACUGGGUGGGGGAAAAACUAUUUAUUUGUUUAUACUUAUAUUUUUAAAUAAUCUAUAUUUGUAUUUAUUUUUUAAUGCGUAACUCCUUUUUUUGUUGUUGGCAUUAUCAGGAAGAUUUUUUUUCUUCUUGUUGAAAUGGGUUUUAUAGAGGUCAGUGAAUUGAACCCAUGGAUUUGAAAUGGGUUCUAUAGAGGUCAGUGAAUUGAACCCAUGGAUUUGAAAUGGGUUCUAUAGAGGUCAGUGAAUUGAACCCAUGGAUUUGAAAUGGGUUCUAUAGAGGUCAGUGAAUUGAACCCAUGGAUUUGAAAUGGGUUCUAUAGAGGUCAGUGAAUUGAACCCAUGGAUUUGAAAUGGGUUCUAUAGAGGUCAGUGAAUUGAACCCAUGGAUUUGAAAGGGGUUCUAUAGAGGUCAGUGAAUUGAACCCAUGGAUUUGAAAUGUGUUCUGUAAAGGUCAGUAUUCCAUGCUUUACCAUUGAAAUCAUUUGUUGACACUUUCUACCGAGAAGAACAGUCCGAUAACUUUUUCUAUUGUGUCAAUUUUAACCUCAAUUGGUAAUGUGCUUUUCCAUGAAUUGAAAGACGAUGCCACAAUUUUAAGAAUGGUAAUGGAAUAAAGAUACAAGAAUAACACCAA